AUGACAUCUGCAUUAAGGGUUUUGGUAUGCGGAGAUCACCCAAAUCUCAUUCUGUACACAUCCAGGUUUCAACAUGCCAAAAAUAUAGAAUUUUAUCUUGUGAACAACUCAAAAAAUGCCAACUACGAGGUUAGUUCACUAUUUUAUGGGACGGAACGGUUUCAGAUUCAAAACCAUUUCCAAUCGCUCCUAGAUUUAGUAGACCUUAAUAAUGAAAAUGGUGGCUUGGUAUUCGACUUGAUAAUAAUGAGUGCGUCUUCACUGCAAGAAAUCCCGCAGGUAUUGAGAGAUAUAAAACCUAUGAUGAAUAAGACAACAAAGAUACUAUUUGAAAGUAGCGGGUUUAUAUAUUUGGAGCCAUUCAUCAAGGCUUCAGUUGAUCUUUCGCUGUCAAAUAUUUUCAGCAUUUUCACCGAUUAUGACAUAAGACGGUUGGACAAUGGCUCAUACAAACAGUUCACGACUGCAAAUGCCAAAUCCUUUUCUGUUUCGAUCGGUCAAACGACAUCCGUUCACGAAAACAGCUAUUCAAGUGAUAUUAUUCCUAUUUUGAAUACAUUUCAGAAAUUGUUCCAAAAACUGUUUCCUAGGGACGUUGUGACUCUUUACGAUCAUUCUCCCUCCGCUUUCUUGGCAAAAGAAUGGGAACUAGCUUUGCCUCAAAUAUGUUUCGAUCCAUUAUUAAUAAUAUUAGAAGAGAAGAAUCCAUCAACCUUGGAUGACCACGUUUUGGCCAAACCUCUUAUUUCAGGUUUACUAGGCGAGAGCUUAUUAAUAAUAAAAAAAAUGGGUAUAGCCAUGAACAAUCCAAAUUUUCAAAAUGAACAGACUAUAUUGAAACAUUGGAAGAAUAAGUGCGAAGACUUACCUGAUGGGCCGGCACUUUUAUAUAAUUUCAUCCAUAAGGCUUCAUCUUUGAAUAUUGACUUAUUGUUAUUACAGCCGAUAUUAUUAGCAGAUGACUUUGGCGUGAAGACACCAUAUUUAGAAUGUUUGUUUACAAUGAUGACUCAAUAUCAAUUGUUAAAUAAAGGUGAUUCUGAAUGGUUUAUUAGAAAGGAUGAGAACACAGCGUUAACUCGCGUUGAUGAUUUACAAAACAGUAUCGCACUUAAAGAUGGAAAAAUCAUGCAGCUGCAAAAUUCGGAAUCAACCCUGAAAAAUGAGAUAAAAGAACUUCAAAGUCAAGUUUUGAGCUUAAAACAAGAAGUGUCCUCAAGUAAAGCAAAUAAUGGACAAGAGUUGGAAAUUUUAAAGAAGAAAGUGCAAAUGGGAGACAAUUCAUUAUUUGAUCGCCCAAAUAGUAAUACUAAUGGUAUAUCUCCCUCUGAUAACAUUGUUGAUGUUGAUUUAAAUUACGAAAGGAGUGACCAAGGUAAUAAUAGUAGUGGUAAUGAUAGCAGAAGACAAUCUUUUUUCAACUCCACAUCUGAUACAACAUUAUCCAGAGAUGAAACCUCGUUGAAAGAGCGUGAGUUAGAAGUACGAAUGAAGGAAUUAGAACUUCAAGAGCGUGAGUUAGAGUUACAGAGAAAAGCCCUCCAGCAACAACAACAAUAUCAACAGAGACCGCCUAAGCAAGUAUACUCCGGUCCUUCUGGUACACCAACCAGCGGCAAUAACAAUAAUAAAAGUUACAAUCCAAAUAGAAAAUCUUCCUAUAGUCAGCCUCAACAUGUGGCUAUGAUGACCAGCAGAGGUCUACAUGGUCCUAGCGCUGCAAGCUCUAGCCCUGUCAUUUCUGCCAACAAUUUUGUUGAUCCAGUUUCUUCUGGGACGCCAUAUAGCAGCAAUAGUUCUCGAUUUAGUCAGCAAAUUCCAUCGCAGCAAUACAUGCAUACUGUUAAGCCAACGAGUAGAAAAAACAGAAGUAGUGUCAUGCCUAAUAUAGGUUACGUCCCAGGGCUAACCAAUAACGAGUAUGGUAGAAAGUUUAACGGUAAUGGUAUGAAUGGUACCCAAAGCCGUCUGAAUUCACUUUCAAACCAAAGUACGUUUAGAUCUCAACAGGGUCCACCGAUAACACAGCAAAAAUCGUUUCAAAAUAACGGUGGUAGCAUGAGGACAAAUCGCAUACCAUCUGCAAAUUACAAUAUUUCAAAUCAGCAAUCGGGUUUUGUUAACUCUAUUUCAAGUCCAAAUCUAAGCAAUUUGGAGAAUAGAAACACAGUACAAAACAGUAGAAAUGCGGAUUCUGCUCCGUGCGUUAAUCAAUUGAACAGUGACUCUCCGCCCCAAUUACAGUCUCUAUCUCAAAACGGUACCUCAAAAGUUCCUCAGAUCAAUAUUACGCAACCAUCACCAAUUCAGACCAACUUUGCUACGAGUGAUAACCCUGCUGCUGUAAUAAAACUAGGGACACCUUCUGAAGAUACAGUUUCAGCUGCGGCAACAGCCAAUAAUAUAAGUACAAUGGGAGAUGAAAGCCGCAAAGAGGACGUUAAGGAAAAAAAGAAGAAAAAGUUCAGUUUCUUUGGAAAAAGGAAAAAGUAA